CCGCCCGGCGCCGGCAGCGGCAUGGGGCUGUGCGGGCGGGGCUGGGCGCGCUGCGGGGGCCUGCGGCUCUCCGGGGGGCCGGGCCCCCUCUGGGCCCUGGCGCUGGGACGGGCCCUUCCUCGGCCGGGCCCUGCCGGCGGGUGCCCGGGGGGUGAGGCUCGGUUCGGCCUCUGGGCGGCGGCCCCGCCGGGGACCCGCGGGUUGCGGAGCUCCAACCCCUUCACCCGCAGGCAGGAGGAAGAAUGGCGGCGCCGGAACCGGUCGGCGCUGGCUUACAUCGCGGCCGCCGCCGUGGGCAUGGUGGGCAUGUCGUACGCGGCCGUGCCGCUCUACCGCCUGUACUGCCAGGCGACGGGGCUGGGCGGAACGACGGGCGCGGGCCACAGCGCGGAGCAGAUCGAGAGGAUGGAGCCGGUGCGGGACCGCGUCAUCAGGGUCACCUUCAACGCGGACGUGCAUUCCAGCAUCCAGUGGAACUUCAAGCCCCAGCAGAGCGAAAUCUACGUGGUACCAGGAGAGACCGCACUGGCCUUUUAUAAAGCGAAAAAUCCUACUGACAAACCAAUAAUUGGAAUCUCUACCUACAACGUAAUACCCUUUGAAGCAGGACAGUAUUUCAAUAAAAUACAAUGUUUUUGCUUUGAAGAACAGCGGCUAAAUCCUCAAGAAGAAGUGGACAUGCCGGUCUUUUUCUACAUUGAUCCAGAAUUUGCAGAGGACCCUAAAAUGGCUAAAGUUGAUUUGAUCACCCUCUCUUACACCUUUUUUGAAGCCAAGGAAGGACAGAAGUUACCACUUCCUGGAUAUCAGUAAUGGGCAAUCUCUAGACAAUUGGACUUCUGCUACCUGGCCACCAGUUUUGAAACCAUUUUUCAAUGGAAGGAGAAACUGCGGGAGUACUGUGCCAUGUGACGUUAUAUUAUUAAAGCACCAUGGGCCCAUGCUACUGUUCUGAAAGGAUAUAUUUCUAUUUUUUUUUUUGUUUACAAAAACUUAACGUAGUUGUAAUAUUUUUUCUUAGGGAUAGUAUUUCUUCAUCAGACAAUAGAAGGGAACAUGCUGUUCCUGGAAGAGAGGGGGUUUUCUCAAGCCAUCUUUUUAUAAGCUGAUACAUGUUAUCUAAAUACUGUGAGGCAAAUUUUUAAACCUAAGUGUAAAUUGAGAUCUUCAUUUGAAUAUAGAGGAACAAAUCAGUUUAUUAAGCACCUUAAAUUGCAUUGCUGUCUCUAAAGAAUAACUUCCAUGUAAGAUACUUUAUAAAAAGGUAAAAACAGGUAAUCAGCUCAUGAACUCUCAAAACUAAACAAAGUUAGACUGUAUUGCUAUGUAACCCUCCCAUGGCACAGGAGGAUAUGAUGAGUCAGAAUACACUGCACCCUCUCGAAUUAUUACUGAAUCAGUAGUUCAUUUGGUAAGAGCAGACUGCUCUAAAACUGUUAUCAUUUGAAUGAGGAACAGUAAUUUAAAUGUAAGCACGUCAAAGCUGUGGUAUGGUUUCCAUUUAGAAAUACCAUCUUCAAAUUUCCAUGUUGUGUUCAAUUCAUUUAAAAUACCUGUACUGCUAAUGACUGCUCUUUCACUCGGCAGAGGGCUGUACACCACGCAUCUCUACACAGAGACAAGCUUGGCUGAUGUAUGAAAUGCUUUGAAGGGAAAGGCAGCGCCCUAAACAACUGCUCUAAAUUGCAGGCUAAAUUACUAGCAUAGGAGUCUCCUCAGAAACCCAAAGGAAAUCAAGCCCAUUCAGAGAUUAAGUCCAACAAAGCCUGCCCAGCAGCAUCAGUUGCUCAGCGGUACUCCUGGGUUCUCUGUUUACCACCAGAACACGUAAGCCUGCAUUUAUGUAACUUUUCAUCAUUAUCUGUGAGGUAGGGAUAACUAUCAUAGCUUUGGAAAGGAGGAGUUGCAGAGCGAGUUUAAAUGACCUGCUCAUUUUCAGACAGGAAUUAAUCUCAGCCAAGUAUCUCAUCUGCUAGGCCAGUUCUUUCUACCCCAUUCGGCAAAUGAGAUCUAACAAAGACAGACUACUGUUGGUUUGUUUGGACUCUAAAAAGGUAAUAGGUAUAUCAGAAAUAACUUCCAGUUAUUUUUAUCUCAAUUCUGUUUGCAUACAAUAAUUUAAAAAGUGCUUUUUUUUGAAAAUAAAUGGAUGCUACCUUUAAAAUGCA